AUGAGCCAUUUGGGAUCCCUUUGUUUGGCAUGGCAAGUCAAGGAUAAGCAUUGUUUGGUUAUAGGAGGUGGAGAAGUGGCUCUCAGCAGAGUUCAACAUCUUUUAUAUGCCCAAGCUAAGAUCACCAUUAUAACUGGUGAAGGAAACAUUCAUCCUGGAAUCGUCAAAUUAAAUAAUGAAGGAAAGAUUUUUAACUUUCUACAACGGAAUUAUCAACCUAAUGAUCUUGUAAUGUAUGAGACAGGAACUAUUACCGAAACUCUGGAUCAUCAAUUGAUCUCGCAGUUUGUUCAUGACCAAAUGAUAGCUAUUGUAUGUUGUUGCAUUGAUGAUUACGAAUUAUCUACAAAAAUAUAUUAUCAAUGUAAGGUCAAACGAUUACCAGUGAACAUAGCAGAUAAGCCUCCUUUAUGUGAUUUUUAUUUUGGUAGUAUGUUCAAUCAAGAUAACCUUCAAAUCAUGAUAAGCACUAAUGGGAAGUCGCCUCGAUUACUGAAAAUAGUAAAGGAUACCAUAGCCAGAAACUUUGAAGGCAUAGAUAUCAAUAAGGCAGUUGAAAACCUCGGGAAAAUAAGGCUGGGACUUCGAAGCAAAGUCAUCCAAGAUGAUGACUUGGCAUCGAUUGAAAUAAGAAUGAAAUGGAUAAAGGACUUGACAGACAUGUUCACCGUUGGACAAUGGAGUCAACUAGAUUUGAAAGACGAAAAUGUUUCAAAUAUUUUGCAAUGGUUUCCUGACUUUCCACCGUCAAAUUACACCGAAUUUGUUGCCAGUAUAUAA